ACGAAUUAAUAACACAGAGUAUUUUAAACCCAGGACAAUGUCAACAGUAUCUGAAAUACCGGUACACUUGCCAAAACUUUUGGCACUAUUUAAAACUAUAGUACCAAAGUUGGCUGAUAAUAAGCAUAAGGGACAAUAUGGACGCAUUGCCGUGAUCGGCGGAAGCGAGGAAUAUACAGGUGCACCCUAUUUCGCUGCAAUUACUUCGAUCCGUGUGGGAGCAGAUUUGGCUCAUGUGUUCUGCCAUUCAAAGGCAUCGCCAAUCAUAAAAUCCUACAGUCCCGAUCUGAUCGUACAUCCUGUUCUGGAUUGCCCAGACGCAGUAGAUAAAAUAACACCGUGGUUGGAACGACUUCACGUAGUUGUUAUUGGCCCUGGAUUGGGACGGGAACCAAGUGUCUUAAAAACGGCAUCCAACAUCCUCAAGCUUUGUAUGGAUAUUCAAAAACCGGUUGUUAUUGAUGCCGAUGGACUGUUCCUUCUUAAUGAUAACAUUGACUUGAUCCGUGGGCAGCAGAAUGUAAUUCUGACUCCUAAUGUCAUGGAAUUUCGGAGACUCUUUGGGGAGGAUAUCAAUGCUGCUCGUCAGAAAAUGUCCCUGCUUGGAGAUGGAGUUGUCGUCCUUGAGAAGGGCGCCAAUGACAAAGUUUAUUGCAACGAAAUCUACUCAAUGCCAACAGGUGGUUCCGGUCGCAGAUGCGGUGGCCAAGGCGACUUGCUUAGUGGAUCCUUAGCUACCUUUUUCUACUGGUCGUUGCAGUCCAAUCAACCAAAUCCUGCCUAUAUUGCUGCAUGUGCCUCAAGUUAUUUUGUUAAAAGACUGAACUCGGCUGCGUUUCAAAAGUUUGGACGAAGUUUAUUAGCGAGUGAUAUGGUUAAUGAAAUACCCGCAGUGUUUCAGGCUGAUUUUGAAAAUAGUGUCUGAAACUGGAACAGGCUAUAUUCCCAACAAAAGUUUUUACAUUUUAAGAAAGGCCAACAUCAAACUAAAUCGUAUUUAAGUUUGCGAAAAGGAAUAUAACUACAUACGUACGAAUUUAUUCCAAAUUUCUUUGUUAGUAAUGUUUGCAUUUAAUUAUUCUUCAUUUAAUCUAUUUCCCAACGCUUUUAUACGAGGGUCUCACUUUUUAUUUUACACAAUUUAAGGAAAACACCUGUUUUUGACAUAACUUUUCGAAUUAAAAAUAACAACAUCUGUUCCUUAAAUUCAAACUAUAUAACAAAAAGAAGAACUUAUGUCGUUCACCUAAACCAACUAAUUGGAAAAGCAUUCGGAAUUUUUAUCAAAUCUUAUGAACACAUAUCUAUAUAUAUUUUGUUGCUGUCUGGGUUUUGGUAUACCAGUUAUAAAUUACUAUAAUUUAAAGGGCAAAUAAGAAUAUCUACGAAACAUAAAGUUUAAAAAUAAAUACUUUUACUCGUUUUACGGAUUAUCAUCUUAA